AUGGCCGCUCCUCCCGGCAUGUCGCCGCAGCAGAUGGCGGCGUUCCAACAGCAUAUGCAGCAGCAGCUGGCCGCCGAGGCUUCAAAAAGAGGCAUGACGCCGGAGGAGUUUAUUAAAAUGCAGCGCGAGCAGGUCAACGCCGAGGCUGCCAAGCACGGCAUGACUCCGGAACAAUACGUCAACAACAUGCGCAUGAGGGCUCUUCAGCAGCGUGCAGCAGCUCAACAGCAGGCGCAGGCACAGGGUCAAGGUCAACCAGCACAAGGCCAACCGCAGGCGCAAGGACAGCAGCAGCAACAACAACAGCAACAACAAGGGCAACCCCAGGGACAGCCGCAGCAACCGCCACAACAGCAGACAGUUCAACAGCAAGUUCCGGUCAACCCCAACAAUCCUCCCGAUCCAAAGGCAAUUGCUGUGGCAAAAUGGCUGCGCUCCCAGAACUUGAAGAGCCGCACAUGUAUUUUGGACGGCCAGCGCAAAGAUAUGUUUAAAGUCAAACGUGCCAUUCGUGCUCUCGAAUCUCCGGCAUAUGCCAAAGCCUCUGGCAAGAGCAAGGGUCUUCUCCCCCCAGUGACAGACCGGGCUUCUGCCGAAAACGUCUUCAAACUUCUCCCCCUCUCUUUGCUCGCAUUACGGAUUUCCAAACACGACCCACACGCAGGCCACGGACACGGCAAAGGAAAGCGUAUCAAGGGCCUUUGGACGGUGAAAAUCGAACAACACCAAGAAACAGAUCCCAUGAUGCACUACGUCUUCCUCUACGAGGGUCCACAAUGGAAGCAAAAGGCCAUGGCUGCCGCCGUGGUCGCGGGUAUUUUCGCAGUUGUUCUCUUCCCGUUGUGGCCGAUUAUGCUGCGACAGGGUGUCUGGUAUCUGAGUGUUGGUAUGAUGGGUCUGCUGGGUCUCUUCUUCGCCAUGGCCAUUUUCCGACUUAUCUUGUUCUGUAUCACCGUCUUUGCUGUUCCUCCUGGACUGUGGCUGUUCCCUAAUCUUUUCGAAGACGUUGGAUUCUUUGAUAGUUUCAAGCCUGUUUGGGGCUGGCAAGAGAAGAAGAAGAAGAAGCCCAAGAAGGCCAAGAAAUCCGCACCGGAAGCUGCUUCUGAACCUGCUGCCACACCUGUCUCUACUGCCGAUGCCACUGCCCCUACUUCCACCUCCUCUGCUACUACAUCUGGCGCAGCUCCCGCCGCAGGUGCCGACACGCCCACCAAGCGCGUUCUCACAGCUAGCGUGGAAGACGUAGAGGAAGAAUAG